UCAUUUUUGUUAAACAUCAGCUUAUGUAUUACGUAACUGUAAUCUUUGAUUUAGACCAGAUAUUUACCUUGCCUCAGACUUUGCAGGCUGUAAAAUAACAAUUUUACCAUGAAGGUUGUACUGAUUUCUCCUCAGGGAACAAGCCGACCCACACACUAUCACGUUUUGUACGACGAUAACGCCUUCACAGCAGACGGUCUUGAACAGCUCACUUAUCAGCUGUGUCAUGUAUAUGCACGGUGCACUCGCAGUGUCUCCAUGCCAGCCCCUGCCUAUUAUGCACAUUUGGUAGCAUUCCGAGCUAGACACCAUGUGACCAAUGGUGGAAGUGGAAGGGGCGGUGAUACUGUGGAUUUGGAGAAGUCUGCAAGAGCCAUUCAAGUCAGCGACAGAAUGAAUGGAGUGAUGUAUUUUACGUAAAGAUUUAGCCGGAUAAUUCUGUGUAAAUAAAUGUAACUUGAAAUA